CGGAGGGUGAGAAGCUGAGGGGGAAUGCGAGAGGGAAGUCGACAACGCCAGUCGCCUGAAAUAUUGCGACAAAGAGCAGCUGCUCUUUUUCCUCGCAGCAUAAGCAGCUCCUCGCGUUUACAACCUGCAGCUAUUUGGGCCAGAGCUAGUAUCAGGAAGAUUGCUCGACGUGUUUCGCCGUCGCGGACGGUCCUGCAGCAUCGCGACGGAGCCCGUCGCCAUCACUCGACAAGGCCCCACGAGCAUGGAGACCAACGGCAAUGCCAGCGCAACGGCGCCGGCUAGCACACAGAUUCGGGUGGUGGAGGGCAUUCCCAUCUCCGGCUUCUACGACGACUCAGUCGUACGCGCUGCGCUGCGCUACGAGCCUCGCAAUGACGAGGUGUACGUGGCCGCCUACCCAAAGUCCGGCACCACGUGGGUGCACUUCUUGGCUAGGCGAGUGCUGCACCGGGGGCGCGAGAGUCCGGCGGAAAGCGCGGUGCAGUGCAUGCUGAGCUCCAUCUUUGGCUACGCCGGCAGCGACACUCCCAACGCUGUGAUCAAGACGCACCUGCCUUUUGGCAAGACGCCCUUUUCGGAGAAGGCCAGGUACAUUUACGUGCUUCGGAACCCCUACGACUGCUGUGUCUCGUACUACCACCAGCGACUGGGGCUUGCACACGCGCCGGCAAUCAGCUUCGACAAGUUUUUAGACGAGUUCAUCGAGGGCGAAGUGCCCUUCGGUGACUACUUCGAUCAUCUAGCUGCCUGGUUUCCUGAGACGUCGAGGCCCAACGUCAUCUGCGUGCCCUACGAGCAACUGAAGACGGACGUUCGUUCAGGAAUUCUCCGGAUAGCCGACUUCCUUGGUACAGAGUACGGGAAUGCUUUGCGCAACGAUGACGAAGCACUGGAAGAAAUUAUUCAGACAACGUCUCCAAAUGUCAUGCGAAAGCAUUUUGCAGAAGCAAGAGCAGCAGUACUUUCCUCCUCAAAUGAUAAAAAGAAAGCGGAAGUAGCUGCGGCAUUUGUAGCAAGGGGCCUUCGAAAGCCAGCGGCUGGUGCAAGCUGCGAGGAGAAGGCAAACGUAUUCAAGCUGGUCCGAAAAGCGACCAUUGGUGACUGGAGAAACCACUUUUCCGCGGCUCAAGCGGAGCGCAUGAAAUCCAACAUGGAGUCCAAGAUGGCUUCCAAGAUGGCCGAGCAUCGAGACGCAGUGAUGGCUCUGUGGAAGGAUCUCUCCCUGCCGUAGCUGAUGGUAGAAUCGGCAUGCCUCCUCUUGAAACGCGUGCAUACGACUUGCCGCCGGACCCCUUGUCGUCGGCCCCUAUGCUUGCUAUACCUAAUCUAUCGUAUUCUCACAUUAUAGCCUAGUCUGCUUUUUCGCGACAUUCAGCGUUUGUAUUCUCAAGGGCAUCUUGAAGGGUGGAAUCAGCAUGAUGAUGACGGAUAUUGUUGUUACAGCAAGAGAGGUCGGUGUUAAAAAAUCAGAAAGGCAGAGUUUCGUCGGGAUCUCACUCCACACGCUGCGCUGCCCCGUGGAACUCACGCCCUGU